ACGUGAAUUUACCAACACCACAAAGAAGAAGAAAAUCUCAACAACUGAACUGAACUGAACAACGUUUCUCCAAAAAAAAAAAUGGCUGCCACUUCGAGUUUGACUAAAAACUUCAGUACUUUUUCUAUUCCUCAAUCCUUUCACCCUCAAAAUGGAACUCAAAUUGUCCGGCACUUACAGGGCAUUCCCAAUUCCAAUUGCAGUGUUUCAAGUGUCAGAUUACACAGAUUUGGGUCCAGAAUCGAAAACAAUGGUCCCAGGAAAAUCGGUCAGGUGCAGAUUCGAGCGAUGUCGGGUUCAUUCGGAUCCCGAUUGGAGGAGAGCGUGAAAAAGACUAUUACGGAAAACCCAGUAGUUGUCUACUCCAAGAGUUGGUGUUCGUACUCAACUGAGGUGAAAGUUUUGUUCAAGAGACUUGGUGUAGAUCCUCUUGUUAUUGAAUUGGACGAAAUGGGUCCCCAAGGACCACAACUGCAGAAGGUACUGGAAAGGCUUACUGGACAGCAUACGGUUCCCAAUGUAUUCAUUGGGGCCAAACACAUUGGUGGUUGUACAGAUACGAUUAAGCUGUAUCGGAAAGGAGAACUUGAAUCUUUGCUAUCGGAAGCUAAAGCUGGGAAAACAGAGAGCUAGGCCCUCUUGAGCUAUCCAUGCCAAGUGAUCCUAUCUCAUGCUCUCCUUGUACGCAUUAUUCUUCCAGAUCUCUUUGACAUAUUUAUUAUGUAGUUCCCUUACUGGUAUAUCUUGCUUCUGAUUGGAAAACUCAUUGUUGAAGCAGGAAUCUAUGUUGAUAUAACUUCAUUCAUGAGUUUAUAACUGAAUUUCUUCCUUCCUCAAA